GGCGCGAAGGCGGUAUUACGCUCCGGCGGCCCGAACCACUUUAAAUCCGUGUGUUCUUGCGUUCUUGCCCCGAAGCUAGAUCGGCCUAAUAGUUUAGCACUUCCCCGACUACUCCCCCUCGGGGAAAAGGCGGGUGCGUUCCGCCACCCGGCUGUGGGUACCCCCAAAAGCCCACGACACCAAUGUUCAAAGAACCAAUUGUUAGUGUUCCUUCUCCACUUCAGGGGAGACAUACUGGCAUGGACAAUCUUGUGAAUGUUUUAGGCACAGAGCCCUCCCAUUCACCAGAUAUUCAUGAAAUAAUACUCCUUUCAGACAGUGAGGAUAAUUCACCGGCUGCUGAUGUGUCCAGUGAGGAGGUCCUAUCAUCAGUUAUGGAGAAUGAUGCACCCACUGCCUCCAAUAUGUUGAAAGAAGUUAAGCCUCCUGAACAAAGAAUGCUGACCAACGAUGGACACAUGCCUUUAAAACCACAGAUAUGUAAUCCAGCUAGUAAUAUUAGUGCUUCUUCUAGACCUGUAUCAACAGAUAGUAGAGGCAACAUUGCUGCCUCACAAGGGUUAGAUGGAAUGAAAAAGACGAGGCUUCCAAAAAAUGCAAAUAAUAAUUCCCUGUUACCAAAGUCGGUUAAAUCAUCUGUUAGUGGCACUUCUCAACCACAGCGUCCGAUUUUGUCGUCAGAUACAGAAAAUUUUAAGUCAAUCUUCAGGGAUAUAUCUGAUGAUGAAGAUGAUCCUUUGGAUCAUGCACUUGAUAAUUGCCGAAGGCCACAAAUCCCUUCAUCAAAGCCUAGUAUAUUGCUUCCUAAGAGACAAGUUGUUCAGCUUCCAGUGCCUGUUGGAAGAAGACAAGGUUCUGGUGGUAAGGUUACAAGUACUCGACGACUUCAGCCGCCUAAACUGGGUAGCUGGUUUAAAAAUAUAUUGGAAAUGGACUACUUCGCUGUUGUUGGGCUGUCUUCUUCUGAGACUGUGAAAAAACCCUCUUUAAAAGAAAUUCCUGUAUGCUUUGAUUCACAAGCUCAAUAUGUUGAGAUUUUCCAGCCACUAGUUCUAGAAGAGUUUAAGGCUCAGUUGCAGAAUUCUUAUGUUGAGACCCCUCCUGAUGACAUGAUGUGCGGAUGCAUAUCUAUCCUCUCAGUUGAAAGAGUUGAUGAAUUCCUUAUCGUCCGUGCCCGCCCUGAGAAUAGUCAGUCUAUCAAAUUCAAAGGCUGCAUGGAGAAUGAUUUAAUACUACUCAUGAAAGAUCCAAUGAAGAACCCAGAACAGCAAGUCCACGUGCUUGGCAAGGUGGAGCGGCAUGAGAAUGAUAAAAAUAAAGCAUUUAUUUUUGUGAUAAAGUUCUUUCUUUCUAGUAAUGAUGCACGUUUAAAUAAAGUGAAACGACUUCUUGUUGAAAGAAGUAAGUGGUUCUUAAAUCGGGUUAUGAGCAUGACCCCUCAAAUUCGUGAAUUCAGUGCUCUCUCAUCGUUAAAUGAUAUCCCAAUGCUUCCAGCAAUCUUGAAUCCUGUUUCUUGUGCUGGAAGCUAUCAUAAAUCUGGAAAAGUGCAUCUCGAUCGACUUGCACACCCUUUGAGGAAAGUAUUGAAAUCAUCUUAUAAUGAAAGUCAGCUCCAAGCUGUAAGCAUUGCCAUUGGAUCAACAAGCUCUAAAACAAACUUUGAUCUGUCCCUUAUUCAGGGCCCUCCAGGUACAGGUAAAACAAGAACAAUUGUAGCAAUUGUAAGUGCACUGCUAUCUUUGCAUUCGGAUAAUCCUUACAAGUUACCAAGAAAUGAAUUCGUGAAUAGUACUGAUUCUACCAAGCCAAGAGCAAAGAUUAGUCAAUCUGCUGCUGUAACUAGAGCUUGGCAGGAUGCAGCCCUUGCUAAACAACUAGAAAAGGAUUCUCGGACAGAAUGUCCUGGAACGUCAGAGCGGUUUGUUAAAGGAAGGGCUUUAAUUUGUGCGCAGUCAAAUGCUGCAGUUGAUGAGCUUGUGUCAAGACUCAGUGAGGGAUUGUAUAAUGCUGACGGAAAGAUGUAUAGGCCUUACAUAGUGAGAGUUGGUAAUGCAAAGACAGUUCAUUCUAAUUCAUUGCCUUUCUUCAUUGAUACACUUGUUGAACAAAGAUUAUCGGAUGAGCUGAAGACUAAUAAUGAUGCCAAAAAUUCAUCUGAUGCUGAAUCCUCUAGUUCACUUAGGGCUAAUUUGGAGAAGAUCGUGGACAGAAUUAGACAUUAUGAGUCAAGGCAAAAACUAAUUGUGUCUGAUAGAAGUGAAGAUGACUCUCCUGUACCUGAUGAAAAUGAGGCCAAUGAAGUUUCUGAUGAAGCGUUUGGUGGAAAGCUUAACUUUUUGUAUGCACAGAAAAGGAAAGUUUCUGCAGAACUUGCCACUGCUCACGCACGUGAAAAGAAAAUAGCUGAUGAAAACAGGUUUCUAAAGCACAAGGUACGGAAGUCAAUUCUUGGGGAAGCAGAAAUUAUUGUGACUACACUGAGUGGAUGCGGGGGUGACAUAUAUGGAGUUUGCUCAGAAACUGCUGCAUCUAAUAAAUACAGGACCUUUUCAGAGCAUGCUCUGUUUGAUGUUGUUGUUAUUGAUGAAGCUGCACAGGCCCUUGAGCCUGCAGCCCUGAUUCCACUUCAGCUUCUGAAAUCGAGAGGAACUAAAUGCAUAAUGGUUGGUGAUCCAAAGCAGCUACCUGCUACUGUGAUGUCUGGAUUGGCUAGCAAGUUUCUUUAUGAGUGCAGCAUGUUUGAACGCCUGCAAAGAGCUGGUUACCCAGUGAUUAUGCUGACUAAGCAGUACCGCAUGCAUCCAGCGAUUAGCAGAUUUCCAUCUUUACAUUUCUACGAAAAUAAACUGCUUGAUGGUGCUGAGAUGGCUGAGAAAUCAGCUUCAUUCCAUGAUCAUGAUUAUCUUGGUCCAUACAUGUUCUUUGAUAUUGCUGAUGGUCGUGAAAAUUGUGGAAGAAAUGCUGCUACAGUCUCUCUUAACGACUUUGAAGCUGACGCAGCUCUUGCAAUACUUACUUUUCUAAAGAAAAGAUAUCCGUUGGAGUUCUCUAGGAAAAUAGGGAUCAUUACUCCAUAUAGAAACCAGCUCUCUCUACUGCGUUCAAGGUUCACUUCCUUUUUUGGGCCUGAGAUAGUUGCUGCGAUGGAGAUAAAUACUGUGGAUGGGUUUCAAGGUCGUGAAGUUGACAUCUUGGUGUUGUCCACUGUUAGAGCGUCAAAAUCCUCAGAUGAUAGGCAUCGCACUGGUGAAGCACGCAGUAUUGGGUUUGUUGCAGAUGUUAGACGCAUGAAUGUUGCACUGACACGUGCCAGGCUUUCUCUAUGGAUCGUUGGAAAUGCAAGAACCUUGCGGACAAAUUCACACUGGGAUUCCUUAGUGCAGAAUGCUGAAGAACGGAAUCUGUUCAUCUCAAUUAAGCGGCCAUAUGGUUUGAUGUUUGAAAAGGUCCAACAUCAUUCCAGAGAUAUACAUGCUACUACUCGUAGCUACCACACUAGUCAUCUUAAGAAGGAUAAUGGAAAAGCUGCUAUGAUGGGCUCAAAGAGAAUUGAUUCUCCACUCCAGAAGGAGCAAUCAAUACAUGCUGCGAGGAAUGUAGAAAAGGAAGGUAAAAUACCUAAAGAACAAUCAAAGCAGAAUGAUGAUAAUAUCAGACCCACCAAGAGCUCAUGGCAAGAAAACAUUGGUCAGGAUUCUGUGAUGAGAAACCAAAUGGAGGGUAAAAAGUUGACUGUGAAUAAUGAUAAUCAUCUAGAGCUUUCUAAAGGCUUAGUGAAAGGGGGCUCUCGUGAAGGCUCCAGUGUCAGAAGGCAGACGGAAUUGAAUAUACCUGUGGAGCAGAAUGUUUGCAAGGAAACUAGUAAGGCCUCAUCUAACCAAGACUUGUUUCAGAAUCCGAAGGUCACCCAUGAUAGUUAUAAAAAGAAUGCAAGCCAAAACAAUGAUAUGGGAACCAUCAAGGGCUCAUUGAAACAUGAUCUCAACUUGAAAUCAACAAGCAAGAAAGAUGAUGUUUCUCCACCUUCAGUUCCUGAUCUGCAGAAGUUGAUACAAGCGGCUAAAGGUGCAAGGAAGUUUUCUGAGAAACCUAGAUGUGAUAAUCCAAAUCAAGUGGAUCCCUCAGUUAAUCAUGAUGGAAUUUUUGAUCCAGCAAAUAAGAAUGAUGGUGCUUGUCCACCAACAAAACCUGAUAAUAAGGCCAAGAGAAAUAGGAGGUUCUCUGAACAAUCAAGACCUCAGAAUUCAACAAAAGUGGAUCCCUCAUGUCCAUCUCAUUUUAAUGAAGCAAGUAGCCAUGUGCCAGAACUCAAGAAAAGCCAAUCCACUAAACUAAGUAGUAAAAAAGAUUUGAUUGCAGAAAGAAAACGGCAACGUGGGGAUGUUGAUUCUUUGCUUUCUUCGGCCCUUAUACCAUCGUCGACUCAUCAUACCAAGAAAAAGAAAUGAGAAGAAGCCAAGGUGGCAGCAGACAUUUCAUCUGUUCUGCAGACUGUAAACAACAUUUAGCCUGCUGAUAGGAUCAUGUUGAUCUCAUGAAUACUUUAGCUUAUGUGAAGUGAUUUUGGUAAAGGAAGUGCUUGAACCAUGAGUUUUCGUCUUGCAAAGCUAAUUUCUAGAGGAAUGCUAACUGCUUGCUGGCUGGGUGCUGUAUGAUUGGCAACGGCUGAUGCCUACAGAGGGAGAACCUACCACCAUUGAUUCAGUGAAAAGACUGUCGCAACUGAUUUUCCUUGUGCUGGAAUUCUGCGGAUGUCUGUAAAUUGUUUCUUAGGGCAUUUUGUUCCCCAUUUUCAUCCGUUGGAUUGGAGCAAAAUGGGACCAUACAGACAAAACACAGUGAUCAUACCGCUUGUAGAAGUGCAAGCCAAUUUUGCCUUGUAAAUAUUUUGUAGGUAACACCCUUAUAGGAAGAAAGCUGACAAAAUUUGACUUGUGCCUGGUGGUGCCCUUAAAAAUAAAAGGGAUAUACCGUGUUUUGCGUCA